UUGGGUAUUACCGAUCAGUCUUCCACGGAAUUUUGUCGCGAAAUGGCCGUAGCACCGAGCAAACUUCUGGAGUCGCCCCUAAAUCGGUUGCACUGCGCCAUUCUACAUAGUCUACCGGGUCAGAGUUGCACAAAAGCAUUCUUUUGGAACCUGUACCGCAACCAUGUCUCCAGUGCGAAGUACUAUUCACCCUUGUUGCUGCUACCUUUGCUCAUGAAUUGGCGACGUCUGUCUAAAACUUUCGUACUUUCUGUGUUGAAAAACUAUUUGCAAUCCUUCAGUUUCGCCGCCUUUAUAAAUGCCAUUACCUUUUACUUAAUGUGUGUAAGCAGGCGAUUCAAUGGUCGUUUUGUGUUUAUCUUCAUACCAUAUCUGCCCUGCUGGACUGCCUCCCAACUGAGUUGGUUGAUGCCUCCUCAGGUUCUUCACUUCUUUGUGACGGGAAUAACACCUGCAGCCAUAGAAAGCUUACUGAGGUAUUUUGACGCCGGAUUGGUACAUUCUCCCUUGGCUCAAACCCUUAUUUUUAUGAUAUCCUCUGUGGUGGUCUUGCACUAUCAGCAGACCCGAAAGUAUUCCGGUUUCUGGUUUAUCCGACCGACUUCUUUGACCGAGGAUCACAAGGAAGACACCAUCUUCAAGCGAAUGGUUCAGGGUCUAAGGGAAUUAAGAUCUUACCUGGGCAUUGGACUUGUUUUGGAUCUAAUAAAUCCCAUAAUGAAGAGAAACCUUAAGCUCUUGCGUCCGAAGAUGACCAGUUUCUUGACAGGCUAUAUAGGACUGUUUAAGCUAGUACAAUUACUUCCGUUUAAUAAUUUAGAUGUGAAGCAGGUCAAUGCUCUAGCGUCAUUUGUAAGUGGGGCUUCCUUUGCCCUCUUACCAAAUCGGCUUACCUUUAUGUGCUUUGCUUUUGUGACGGCCAUCCAGGUGUUUUGGCAACAGGUGUGCAAACUUAAAGCUGAGAAGGAUCCGAUACUUUCUGGAAUGCAAAAGAUUCCCUGGUCAAGACUGUUGAUACCCUGUUGUCUGGCUUACCUGGUGCACAUUUUCUUUUAUCACCAACGACAUCUCAACGAGGUUGCCCGGAGUUUCAUAGACAGUACAUGCGAUAAGAAUGGCCAGCGAUUAUUGGAUCUGAUGAGCCUUCCCGAUAUAAACGCCAUAAUAGAAACGGCGAAUAAGUCACCAAAAACCUCUUUUUGGUUUUAAAUAUGUUAAACACGACUUUUGUACUAAAAAGAAUUGACUUACUACUAAAAUAUACAUAUUGAAAUUUGA